CAUGCUGAUUGGCUGAUGGUGUUCUGUGGAGUUGGCGCCAUUGCGGACCUCCGUGCUGUGUUCUGUGCGCUCUCCCGAAAAAUACUUAUUUUCGCCUGACUUCUCUGUGUAGUUAAGACGAAAUGGCCGAUAAAGACGCUGCAUUUGAUGAUGCCGUGGAGGAAAGGGUGAUCAAUGAAGAGUACAAGAUCUGGAAGAAGAACACCCCUUUCCUCUAUGAUCUGGUCAUGACUCACGCCCUGGAGUGGCCCAGCCUGACCGCUCAGUGGCUGCCAGAUGUCACCAGACCCGAGGGAAAGGACUACAGUGUGCACAGACUGGUUUUGGGGACGCACACCUCUGACGAGCAGAAUCACCUUGUUAUUGCCAGUGUUCAGCUUCCAAAUGAUGAUGCCCAGUUUGAUGCUUCACACUAUGACAGUGAGAAAGGAGAGUUUGGAGGCUUUGGCUCUGUUAGUGGAAAAAUAGAGAUUGAGAUCAAGAUCAACCAUGAGGGAGAAGUGAACAGAGCGCGCUAUAUGCCCCAGAACCCCUGCAUUAUUGCCACCAAAACCCCCACCAGUGAUGUGCUGGUCUUUGACUACACAAAACACCCCUCCAAACCUGAUCCUUCUGGAGAAUGCACCCCAGACCUGCGACUCAGGGGACACCAGAAGGAAGGCUACGGUCUCUCCUGGAACCCAAACCUCAGCGGAUGCCUCCUCAGUGCUUCUGAUGACCAUACUAUAUGUCUCUGGGAUAUCAGCACGGUGCCAAAGGAGGGGAAGAUCGUAGAUGCCAAAACAAUCUUCACAGGCCACACUGCUGUGGUGGAGGACGUCUCCUGGCAUCUUCUCCACGAAUCCCUCUUCGGAUCUGUGGCAGACGACCAGAAACUCAUGAUCUGGGACACACGGUCAAACAACACCUCCAAGCCCAGCCAUGCAGUGGACGCUCACACUGCUGAAGUCAACUGCCUGUCUUUUAAUCCCUACAGUGAGUUCAUUCUGGCCACUGGCUCUGCUGACAAGACUGUGGCCCUUUGGGACUUGAGGAACCUGAAACUGAAACUCCAUUCGUUUGAGUCUCACAAGGAUGAGAUCUUCCAGGUUCAGUGGUCUCCUCAUAACGAGACGAUCCUGGCCUCCAGCGGCACCGACAGGCGGCUCAACGUCUGGGACCUGAGUAAGAUCGGAGAGGAGCAGUCGCCAGAGGACGCUGAGGAUGGCCCUCCCGAGCUGCUGUUCAUCCAUGGCGGACACACAGCUAAGAUCUCCGACUUUUCCUGGAACCCCAACGAGCCGUGGGUCAUCUGUUCGGUGUCAGAGGACAACAUCAUGCAAGUGUGGCAGAUGGCUGAAAACAUCUACAACGAUGAAGACCCAGAGGGCGCUGCAGAUUCAGAGGUCCAGGCAUGAGUCCAGUUCUGAACUCGCUUCUUUUGACCUGCUUGUUAAAAAUGGAUCACUUUCUCAGAUCUGCUUCCGUAAGCAGCAAAACAUUUUCAAAUGCAUCUCGGAGAAAAGUGUUUAAAAGAGUUUCUGCACCAUUAACGUGUUGUGAUGCAUUUCAAAUGACACCGUUUUCAGUCUGAUUUCUAGAUACCAUUUAGUUUUUCCAAGAUAAUCCAUGGUUUGUAAACCGACCAGUCUGCUGUCAUUUUAUUUCUUAUUAGUUGUGCAGAAAACAUUUUCACCAUGAUCCAUUUUUAAUAUAAUUGUACAUACUGUAGGGUUUUCCCUUUUAUUUGCUUGAUAUUUGUAGGUGAAUUUUCCAGCUUGUGUCGUCACUUGUUUGUGUUUUGUUUUCUUCUGCAUUUUGUUUCUGUGCUGCACCUGAGCUUUUGUGUAUCUAAGAAUAUUCAUAAUAAAAAUAUUUACAGAAA